CUUUAUUUCAAGAUGAAUUCGUUGAAAAAAAGCAAAUCAAUAUUCAUCGUUGCGAUAGAAAACGUCACGAAAUAAUGAUUAAACUAACUUUAUACGUCUAGAAAGUAUGAGCAUAUUAAGACGUGUCUUCAAAUGCGCAGAAAUUCUGAAACGCGUCUUUGAGCUUCGGGGGAACAAACACGCUUGUCUCCUAUCGUGAACGCCGUUUCGUUUCGUAAUCGCAAAUAUGUGGCGCCACUGUCGUCGGCAUUACCAACGUUCACUAUCAUAAAAGAUCCGUCUCGAGAAAAUCUUUUCCUUGAACGUUCCGCGUUUUCGUAAUAUCGCGGGUGCAACUCGAAGCGACCGUUCAACAUGGACGACAGUGCAGGGGAAGGAAAAUCGUAGCAUUGUUUUAGAAGGGUGUUCCGCGUGGCACAGGUACCGGUGUACGAUCUUGGCGCGAAAACUCGCUUUCAAGGAGCGCGUCGGAUCCCUGGGCAUACAACACGGCAAGAGGGAAGGAGAAAGGGAGAGGGAAAAAGAGAGAACGACCGAGGGUAAGGGCCAGGGGGUGCCAGGGGACCUCGAGCAACUUGGCACGUCCGUGUACGGAGGCAACAGUGCUGGUGGCAGCACAGACGCUCGUUGAUGAGCGAACAAUUCACUUUGGUACGCGGUUUCACGACGUUAUUUCGCCUGAUCGGUGUCGUGAAACAAGGGUGUGCAUAUGUGUUCACGCGACGAGUCGGUAAACUGUGUCUGUGACAUUUUUAUCUGUUCGAUUAUUCUAAGUUGAAACGAUCAAGUGUCGUCGCGGUGGCUCGAAGAGUUCGUGGCUGGUGCGCGCCGUGCGUGCGGUUGAUCGGAGCGUAUACCGCUGCUCUCGUCAAUUUGGUGGGAGAGUGAGAGUGAGAGGGAGGAGGGGUUUCCCGUCCUCCUCUUCCCUCGCUAAAAUCGGCCGGAUUUUCGAACAGGGAAGGAAACAGAAUAAUCUCAUAAUAAAAACAUGGAAAUAUCGAAGAAUUUGCAGGAAGAGAUUCUCGCCGUGCAAAACAAACUGAAAAAUGCCAUACGCGAUCAUCAGAUCUGCGUGGGCAAGUUGAAGGAUGACCCCAACAAUACGGACAUUCUCGGUCAGAUACAAAAGAUUCACUUGCACAUCGUAUCUUUGGGAAGAUGCCAGAAGCAAGUUGUCCAGCGGCUGCGCAAAGAGGUCGAAACGUUCAAGGCGGAGAACGCGAACGGGGCCAAAGUUUCCGUUGCUUCCCUUCUCGGGCUGAACAACAAUAAUCACAUUACAAACAAUAACGAGACGAAGUUGAAGAAUGCAGGCAGCAAGUUCAACACCAAGAAUUCAAAAGAGCACUACGAGGAAAUCGUUAGGAACGGCGACGUGCCUUCGCCUCCGCAGAACCGUAUACCGAGAAAAGAACGUCGCAGUUCCGUGGAAACAAUCUCCGGAGAAGACGAUGUUAUCGAGGUCUCUAUGGAUGAGAACUCCAAUGAAAAGUCGGAGAAGGAAGAAUCGGAGAAGGAGUGCAAACUCGAGUUGACCGAAAAGAUCAAUUUCUUGAGCGCUCUUAGUCUUAUCACGACUUCAACGUGCGCGGAGUUGCAAAACAGAAGGGCUGAAAGAAAACGUCGCAGUACGGCCAAUCCGCAGUUCGUCUAUUCCAGUCUUGAAGUGCCAACGAAACGUAAAAGACACUCGUACCUGCAAUCCGGAAAUGUUCCUCAAACGCGUCAAACAACUGCACGUAUGAAUGGGCCUUCGCCACCGCCUGUAAAAGCUGCACCACCGAAAUCCACUUCACCGCCGUCGAGGACAGUGAUGAAAUCUCUGAUUCCAGUUCAGAAGUCCACCACACGACCGAAUAUCUUGAGAAGCACGACCGAAAGUAAAGUUUACACAAAUAAGACCAAGGUUGAGAAUGGGCCGAAUCAAAUACAAUUGCCUGUGUCCACUGUGAAAUCUGUUCAAUCGAUCGGCAACAAGGCUGUUCAUAUACCAGGCCUGCCAUCCAGUUUGACUAUCGAAAGAAUCAGUAAUGACUCGGCAGUCUGUAUAAGCUGUAGGAAUCCAGGUACGCUCACGGUAUGUGAAAAUUGCGCGUCAAACUAUCACGUGUCCUGUCACUCCAUAUCACCGGCGCCCCCAAGAAUAUGUCCGAAAUGCGCUUUAAUAGAGGAAGAGAUCGAUGACGCUGAGGACGGGGAAGAGGACGAAGACGAGAGACGCCCGGUGUUCAAGAAGGACGAAGAAUUCGCUACAACAUCGCACGCGCCAGGAAUUAUUAGGAAAGCAAGAGAAGACACAGAGAUCUAUAAAACGAAUUCUGGACUUCAUAAAGCUGAUGCAGCUAAAAAAAAGCGAGGAUUCUCCACAGCCAUCGGCAUCAGUCAAUUGCCUUCCUCGACUUUCCUCAUCCCAAUCUCUUCAAACAACGUCGCUUCAUCAACCGUCAACCAGUCGGAUAUCGGGUCUUCCACAACAAUCAGUACCGAACAACGAGAAAACGUGCCCUACUCCUCCAUCGUCCUCAAUCAGUUGCCUCGAUCAAGCAUCGCCUACAUCGACCGGUCAGAACCUCAAGUGUCCUACGCCUAUCAGUUACCAGUCAGUAGCGUGCAGUCAGAGAAACAUCAGUCAUACCUCAUCGUUAAAAAGAUCACAGAACCAUCUCGACGGGCAAGCCAGUCUUCCGAAGACCAAAGUCACAGCGCAAUGCUCAACUACAAGCUGCCAAUCGCACCAGCCUACAACCCCCGCGUUCAGACCGAGAUCUCUGUCGCCCAGUCAUCUGUGUUCGUCGAUAAGCAACUGCCCGACGCCGUCAAUCGUAACCGUAAGAAGCAAACAAACCGCGCAGUACCCGCCCUCAACCGUAUCAUCGAUACCGAGAAUCUCUCCAUCACGGCCGAGUAUCAGUUGGAACGAUCGACACUCAACGGCCGGAAGUCCCGGGCCAGACAAGCAAGGAACAAAUUCGGUGUCAACACACUGCGAUCCGCCCGAGCCACGGAAAUCCUACUGCCCACCUACGAUAAUACAGAAUCUGAUAAGCAACUGCAAAUCACUAAGUCAACCGAAUCAGAGGAAGCAAGCAGCGUGUUCAGUAGUCGUCCGAAGUACCGGCCUAGAACCGGUGGUCUUCUCCACUCACUGUUCGCAGGCCAUAACAAGUCCUAUAUCGUCACCGAUAAUUCUCGAGAGCAACGAGACGUCGGCUCGCCUGACAAAGAUACCGUCGUCUGUCGGCAGCAGCUGUACCAUCAAGACUACCAGCUGGAGUCAGUCGAACGAAACGAAUCUCCGGUCCAAUUGCAGCGCGGUGCCCUCACAAAAUUCUUCGAGCACGUGAAAUUGGAAGAAGCGCAUAUACCAGCGCCAUCUCGAGCAAAGCUAGUAUAUAAAAGCGACGCUGUUUCCGAAAGAAACGAGCUGGAUAUCAGCGAAGUCGCGGACGAGGAUACGAAUAGCAACGAGUACGUUAGCAAGACGCCCUUGUCCACCGAUACCAUUGACAACGAUUACACCAACCGUGAGGUGAAACCUGCCAGUUGGCUGGUAAACAGAAUUGGGAUGAAGAAGACUAAGAAACCCAAUAAUGGUAGCAAAGGGAUGGAUUCUUUUGAUUCUAUGCCUGGUUCGAUAACGAGAACGGCUGAUAUUAUUACGUAUGAACGUAAACGUCCUACUCCGUUCGUGAGGAUCAAUUGCGAGCCCGAUGAGGAUGAGGAGGACACCACGCUGACCAGGACGUUUCAAACUGACGUAACUUAUCCGAGGCGUAUCGGAUCUCUCACAGAAAUUGUAUCGGACAAUCGAAGGGAUCGGCAUGAUUCGGCAUCCCUAUGUAACGCACAAAGCAAUUUCUUGGAGCUUCGCAACGAGGUCUCAGUUCCUGAUGAUAAGGCUGACACCGAGAGACAAGACUUAUCCAGUGGCAGACGUUCAACCAGCAGCAGCGGCGGCGGCAGUAGCACCAGCGACAGCGACACUCCGGAACAAGCGAUGAACGAUACUAUUAAGUAUUCACGGCGACGAUUGUCCGGAAAAGAGUACAAGGAACGUUUGGGCAUUAAUGCUGUAUCCCCGGAGAGCAUGAAGGUGCUCGAACAGUUCGAGUCGGCUAUGCUGGAAAAUGAAUGUAGCAAUGCUGCCACUUGCUAGACUUAGUUAGAUUAGAAUGCGGUAUUAACGUGCUGAUUAUGCUCAUCGCUAGAUAUUUUUUUCUUUCAUUAAAUGACAAUGGUUGAUUAUUUUGUACGGAAACGGUGUGGUUUCUCGCGUGGCGCGCGCGUUACGUUCGAUAGGAUUUUGUUGAACAAAUACUUUGGAGAGAAAUUUCAAUCCGUAUGUGUUUAGUACUGCAUUUCAGUCUGUUACUUAUCUAGGGAUACCUACAGAAGAAAAGAGAAUUAGGUUACUCGUAAUGGCUAAUUGAGCUUGUUAGGCAGUUCCUACUUUCCGUACUGCCUUCAGAAACAAUGCAAUCCAAUUGUUAUAUCAACCGUAAUUACUACUGCAUCGAUAACGAUGAUGAUUACGUACCAUUUUGCGUUUCACACUAUACAAAGAUAUAAUUCAUGAUUUCUACUCCACUAGACACGUUAUAUGUUCGUUUAUUUAUUGAUCGUUCAUUAGGCUUUUUCGUGAUAGUUUACGAACCGUGAGGACCAAGUUCGAGUUACUUCCAUUUGAAUCAAGCAUGAUUUCACGGGAAAUUAAUGAUGAUCCUAAUUUAAUUGUGUAUAGUUCGCGCGUUCAUUUAUCGAUAAUGCUCGCAGACCAACGUAACGAACCACUUGUGCUUUGUGAUUUUGUGAAAAAAUGUUGUCUAUGUUAUUAUUUCCGGUGAAUUUUAUGAUUAUUAAAAUCCUUGUUUCGUUGAUAUUCGCGAGAUACCAACGGUGUAGAAAACACGCACAUAUCCGACAGAUUAUGAUCUGUGAAAACGUAGGAAGACUUUUAAAACGAAGUCUGCGUACGUAAGCUGAGUCAUAUUACCAUACUGCCUUAAUAGUAAUUUAAAAGUGGUACAUUUUACAAUAAUUUCUAUGGAUAAGCACGUGAUGUGUGUACGACUCAAUAGACUGAUUUGGACGUCGCCAUAUUGAAAUUAAGAGGCAUAACGGAGAAAAGGAAAAGGAUAAUCAAAACUCGUUACCGUAAUCGAAAACUAGGCGUUAAGGUUGCGUGUACGUUAAUAACUAGAUGAAACGUUAUGAUUCAGACAGAGUUUCUUACGAGAGAAGCGUAAUAGAGCUGUUCCUUCAUUUUUAACGUUUUACGUCGAGGUAAAUGCUUCGAAUGAAAGGAAGAACGUUGUCAUUAUUAUGUUUAGCGCGUCGUUUACGAGUUUCGGAAGCAUUUCCUUCGGUAAACUAUAAUGUAGCAGUAUUCUCACUACAUUUUAAUUCGAGGCGUACGCGGAUGUCUUUCACCGAUUACAUUGUGCCGAACACUACGAUUUAUGCAGCGAGAGAUAACCGAUCACGAAUUUAUCGUUGAGAUAACUCGUUCAAUAUCCUAUAUUUAUUGCGUUUUCGUUUUUUCUUGUUUCACAAUUACCGCUAGCUUGUCCAAAAUACAUUUAACUAAUGUAUAAAAACAACAAAAAAUGAUACACAACAAAAAAAAAAAAGAAAGGGAAGAGAGGAAAGGUGAAAAUUGUUAUGCAAUGUAGGCAACGAGAUUAAGAUCGAAAUUCGUAUUUUUAUGAAUAAAGUCAAAUUGAGAAAUGCAACGGACUGUAGACUUGCAAGCAGUUUGUUGAUCAACACGAGCGGCGAUACGGAAAAGCUCGCGAAUAGUUUCAUUUUAAACGAAUCCUUCCUCGAGUUUGCAAAACUAAUUCGAUUAUAAACGUUAUGAGUGCCGAGAGUGGGAUUUUUCGACACGAUGCGAUAUUUGUGCGACCGGGGUAAUCAUUUUUAUUUUCCGUAUUGACGAACAACGCGGUGAUGGAUAGAGGGGAAUUCUCGACUCGGACAAACACUCGGCUAAUGAUAUGUAAAUAUAGCGGAGCUAAUCAAGCGGCUGUGCCAACAGGCUGCAAGAAGAGAUCGGUAGUGGCGCGCGAGUGUUCGAUAGCCAAUGCAUUUGUGCCUGGCAUGCACACACGUAUCGUGGCGCAGUAACCCGCGUACAUAUUUAAUGGUCGCACGUUAAUUGCGCACUGUUUGCCCAUUGCCCGUUCUACGCCCCCAUCCCCAUACCCACCACCAUUCUCAUCACCCUUUCUCUAUCCGCCCUUCUCCUUUGUUAGUUUCUACCAGAGUUUAAUUUUAACCAAUUUAUCUCGGCCGCUCGAUCGUUCAUCAUCGAAAUCGCUGUGAAACACGAAUCACCCUGAAUUUUCGCAACCUCCCUUUCGAUCGCAUGUUCCUACCUCGACGUUUUUUUCACGCUUAUUGUCAACUUUAUCGUCGUGCUUUAAUCCAUGAACGACAAACACUUCUGACGAUUUCAUAACAGUCAAAACUAGAUCCAUUCAAAUCUUUCUUUAUUAAUAAUAUUUUUUUACAUACCUUAAAAUCUCUUCUUUGAGAUCAAUGUUAAUCUUCUAAUUGCACUUUUCAAGAAUUCAUUGCAAUCCAUUACUUUAACCCUUUGCACUCGAAGCCAUUUUAACUGUAAAUCUAAAUUAAUUUUUCUAACUUAUAGUAUUUCCAUUUUACAUGGCAAAGUGCAUUUUAUGCAUAUGAAAUUUAGUCUUGUGUGACUCGUACAAUAGUUAGACUCUUAAAGAUUUUUUAUAUCUAAACUUUGAUAAUAUAAAAAUUAUCUUGGAACGUGA